AUGCUUCACUCAUUCUUCCUUAACAUUCUUUCCCCUAUGAGUUUCGUAAAAUUUACCUGUUCGUUUAAUUCUGAGGUUCCUUAUGAGUCAUUGUCCAGAGUCUGCCAGGUUCGUAUUUUGUGUGUUAGUUUAUUUUUUUAUAGGGAAACUGAUUCCAUCGAAACCUAUGCCGCCCAUCUUGUGGAUCUUCUCGAGUCCUGUCUUGACAACAACUUGAUUCCGAAGAAUUUCAAGGACGAAGACACGCCUCAUGCAAAAAUUGCUUCCGAUUUGCUUAGCUGCAUAUUUCUCUAUUACACGAAAAAGUCGGUAAUGACCGUGGCGAUCCCUACUGCCGUGAAGAUGCUUUCAAAAAGUAGCAAAUCAUUGGUGCGCAACACCAGCAGUUAUUUGGCCUUGGCGGCGAUCUACAACGGUCGACUACUUUCCCAAUAUGCGCUGCCCAUUUUACAGAGUAUCAGAUCAGGCAAUUACUCGUUGAUACGCGUCUUACAUCAGAUCUACUCAGAGAACAAGGAGCCGUUUCACGCCUAUUUAUAUUCACUGCUGCAGGUGUUCGAUCACUGUGACAACUCUGAGAAGCUGUCUCUGUUGCAGUUGUGUUGCAGCAUCGCCACCAACAAGCCGGACCUGAUGGUGCCUCUUCUGGGUUCAUUCUGCCAUCCUCACAAAUGGCGCUGGUCGCUAAGAUUAUCACCAGCGGUUGUUGUAUUAUCAUGGUCCGUGGCGUCCUUCCUGAAGGAGAUCCGCCUGCUGGCCGAUGUUUACCCGGACGUCGUGCGGCCGUUUAUCCCUGAGCUGACCAAACUGGCGGAACCGUCAUUGCCAGCCUUACAGAAUGCCAUCUCCAAAAUCAAGGAUAGCUGCAAGUACUACACAUUUUUCGCUUUAAAUCAAAAUCGAUCAUAA